AUGAUUUCGUGGAAUGUUAGAGGUUUAAAUGAUCCUCAAAAACGACUUGUGGUGAAGAAUUUGUUGCGGGAGUGGAAGUGCGAUGUUGUUUGUUUACAAGAGACGAAAAUUGCUAGCAUGAAUAAACAGUUGGUUUGUAGUUUGUGGGGUUGUCCAUAUGUGGAUUGGGCUGUUUUGGAGGCUAAUUGGACUGCUGGUGGUAUCUUGCUUAUGUGGGAUAAAAGGGUUUUGGAGAAGGUAGAGGUUAUGGUCAGCAUUUACUCAGUUUCGGUUAAGUGGCAAGGGGUGGGGGACAGUUUUAUAUGGGCAUGCUCAGGGGUUUAUGGCCCAAAUGAGAAUGUUGAGAGGGGUCACAUGUGGGAUGAGUUGGUGGGUAUUCAGCAGUAUUGGAGGUUACCGUGGUGUUGCUUUGGAGAUUUUAAUAUUGUUCGCUUUCCUAGUGAGCGUAGGGGUGAGGCACGUUUGACAUUGGCUAUGGAAAAAUUCUCUGAAUUUAUUGAGGAUCUUAACUUGGUAGAUUUUCCUUUAGUCGGAGGUAGAUACACAUGGUCCAGUGGCACCAAUCAACCAGCAAUGUCUAGGAUUGAUAGAGCAUUGGUCACUCCAGAUUGGGAGGACCAUUUCCCUGAUGUUCUUUAA